UGAGUAAUCAUGACUGUCCCAAAAUGGGUUCUUUUGUACUAAGAUUACAAAAAAGACAACUUCCCACGGGCAAUAGACCAGGGAUUAGUCGAAUGUGUCAUGCUUUAAAUUUGAUUGUAGAUUAAAUAUAGUCUGCGCCUAGUGACCUUUAGAUUUAAACAUAUACUCGGUAUGUAAACAACAAUGGCGGAACACAACGGUGUCGGACGUUGGAUUUUGUGUUGUUUAUGGAUAUGUUCAACGCCAGUUUUUUCUUCUACUUUUUACUUUGUAAAAGACCGCAAAAUAUACACUGAAGCGGAGAAAUACUGUCGUCGAGGAACUAUCUACCAGGGGGAGCUCGCUGAGCUCUCAUCCAAUCAAGACUGGGAUUGUAUUCCUCCCGACGUCUGGUUCUGGACCGACACAAAAGAAUGCAAGUUAAAUAUCUUUAAUAAUUUGAACUGUAGAAAUUUUUCAAUCUGGACAAGAAUACUAGGAUUAAAAACCAGACCUUUUCUGUGCAAGACAGAUGCAGAUCUGAUAAGAGAUGAUUCACCAGAAUAUGGAGGUUACGGGUCGGAUUACUUCUUUGAUGAGGAAGUAUCAAUUUGUACCAGCCCUCUGGUACCCGUGGAAACAACCCCUAUUUUUAGAAGCACACCGGUCCCUGAAGGAUCCACGGUUGCAUUCAAUACGACAAAGAAUGAACAAUCUGAACCCGACCAUGGUUGGAUAGCUGGUGUUGUGGUGGGCAUUUUCAUAUCCAUCAUAGCUGUUGUAUGCGCAGUUCUUAUAUUUAUGAAAAGGCGGAAUCCAACAAAAAAGAAAGAAGAUGCAGAAAUAAACAUGGAUAACACACAAACAAAUGAACGAAGUGAACGCCUGACUUCACGAAUCGGUACCGCCUUACAAAGAUGUAGGCAGAAACUUCAGACUAAGUCUCAGAAGUCUCAACCGGAAAUGUACGAGGCGCCUGUUGUCGUCAGGGAAGAACGAGAGUAUGACCAACUCUCGAGACCCAUGAUUCCGUCAGCAGAACUAGUUUACGCGGAACCCACGUUGUCGUCUGCUGCAGGGAUAGAACAGGAUGAGCUAGGGUAUCUCGUUUCUCAGGGAAGUGAAACCAAGGAAUACAUGUACAUUGAGACGGUAGACAGUGUGGAUGGCUCCCAGUCCUCUCAUGAGGGUCUGGACUGCGGGAACCCCGUGUACGAAGUCAUGACGGAUAAAAGAGAGAUUAUAGCUGGUAACUGUGAUAAACAAAGUCAAGACCCGCAGAAAAAACAAGAGACAAGUAGUGCUUCUGGUGUUCAACCGGUGAAGGUUAGAACCCAUGAGUAUCAAAAUUCGCCAGUGAUAGGGAAACUGCUGAAGGAACAGCAGGAAAAAUCAGUUCAAGAGACUUCAGAAUCCGCAGUAUCCAACGGUGCUUACGACGUGAAGUUCUCAACUCCAUCCCAGAAUGCAUCAGCUGUCAAAAAGGAUGAUGGUGGUUCACAAACAGCUUCUUCAAAGACUGAUUCGUCACCUGCUUCAACCAAGAAAAAUGUGAAAGGCAGCAAUAUCAGAAACAUUAUUUUAAAACUUCAAGGAGCUUCUGAUGCCUAGCAAUACCUGUGAUAAAAUAUUACCUGUCAGUAUAUGAAAUUAAUAUACACUUUACACUGCCAAAGUAGGGCAUCCUCUCGAGUAUUAAAUCCAAUAUUUGUUAUAUCUUAUUGUUUUACAUUAUGCAGUACUUCGAUAUGAAUGAAAAUUUAUUGAGUUCUUUGUAAAUUAUCUUUAUUAUUGAAUGCAUCUACAUGUAAAUUUCCCUGACGAAAGGCUUUUACAAAACCAGAGAGGACUUGGAUAGUCCAUACCUCAGGAUGUCCAAUCCAAUUAUGUAAUCUUACUUUACAUAAUAAAAUAUUGAUUAAAUUAAUUAAAUGACAAAACCAGUAAGGAAAUUACCCAGGGCAGAGAUCUGGGUAAAGUGUUUACAUCUAGGUGCAUGUACCAAGGACUUUCGACGAGAAUUGUACAUGUACGCCUCUAUCACGAGUCAAAGCAAUUUCUACAAACUCUAAAUGAUAAAAGUAAUUAUUGCCAAAAAACUCAUGGUAGACAAAAAAUUGUUACAGUACUACGUGUUAUGACUUUUGAUUACUUUUCCUUAAUU